AUGCCUUCUUUAAGCUCCUAUCUUUCUCUUUUCGCUAUUGGCAAUGCAAGCGCGGCAGCGGUAUGGAAUACUACAUGCACCACUAAGACGCAGCGAAAGGCUUGGCACACGUUGACCGACAAUGAAAAGACUGCCUACAUCGACGCUGAGCUUUGCCUCAUGUCCAAGCCUGCCAAACUCGGAGUUGAGGGUGCGGUAAACCGAUGGGAUGAACUUGACUGGGCACACAUUGCUCAGGCCAAUGUCAUCCAUAACGUGGGUGCUUUCCUACCUUGGCAUCGCUAUUACAUGCGAGUCCAUGAGUACCUUCUGCAAUCCGAGUGCGGCUACAAAGGAGGCCAGCCAUACUGGGAUGAGGUUCGUGACCUUAAGGCUCUCAACGAAUCCGUCGUCUUUGACCCCGACACUGGAUUCGGAGGGCAAGGCGACAAUUGCGUCAACGACGGGCCCUUCGCAAACCUCACCUUACAUCUCAACGCGACCUCGAAGAAUGUGAACGAGUGCCUGACUCGUGAAUUCAGCCCGGAUGGUUUCCAGAAUGGCCAGCAGGUGUACAUCGACGAGUGUCUAAAUACGACCAACUACGUGGAUGCUUUCGAAUGCUACAUCUUCAGACCCCACAUCGCCGGGCACGCUGCUGUGGGGGGCAUAGUACGUUCGAUAGCCAUGAUGGCCGAUCAGAUUGCGAGCCCCGGCGACCCGCUCUUCUUCUUACACCAUAGUUACCAUGACCGUCUCUGGUGGCAGUGGCAGCAAGACGACUUGGAGAACCGCCUCAGAGACAUGGGCGGACGCAACGUCCCCUAUGAUAGCUUCCUCGAAUCCAACGGCAUGGAAUACCCAAGUGAUGCCUUUCUUCUCUACGAUGGAGAUGAUGGAAACGUUACCACACUCAACCACAAUCUUUGGAUGGCUGGUAUUGCACCUAACGCUACGAUUAGGGAGGUCAUGGACCUGGGCGGCGACCUCGUUUGUGCCGAGUACCUUUAA